AUGGCACGCUAUUUUGAGAUUUCUAUGCGAAUUUCAGUAGUUUACAGCUAUGAGGCUGCCAUCUCCAAAAACGGAAAACAUUCAUUGGGUAAAGCGAAAGAGAGCAAAAAUAUUGCGAAAGCAGAUGGAGGAGACGAAGCAUGGUACGAGAUAAAAGCGAUGAGAAUGGAUAAGAAGGAGGCGUCUCUUCCUGACAGGAACAGAGCACAUGUUGCCAGAAAACAUAAGCAUGUCCAGCUCACCACCAAACUGGAAGCUGCAACAACCAAGAAACCUCAGCAGCUCAAUUUCACAAGGAAUGUGGUUUCUACAGUAACCGAACAACAUGAACAGCUCAACUUUACCACGAAACUAGAUGUUACAACGCCCAAGAACCCAAUGCAGCUUAACUUGACAUCAAUUUGA